UGAACAGAAACAGCAGUGACAGAGAGACAGAGAGUCAGUAUUUGAACCAAGGGCCAAAGGAAAGAACUGGGGAACGGCGAAAUAUUUCUACAAAAGAUGGAACCCGUGCUGACUUCAUUGCUGCUAUGUCCAGUUCUAUUUCUCACCACAUUCGCACAAGAAAAUGUAUGUCACAGACCUGAGUUGCCUGAUAACGUUCAGGUGUCUGGGCUCCAGAGAUACUUCAGCCCCGGUGUGGAGUUAGCGCUCUCUUGUAAACAAGGAUACACCUCCGCGUUGGGCCCUCGCACGAUCGUUUGCACGGCCAAAGGAGAGUGGACCAAAACCAGAUUCAUGUGCAGACCAAAGCAUUGUCCCUAUCCUGAUAUGCCACCGAAUGGACAACUGUACUACGAUGACACCAUAUACCAGAGCACAAUCAACUAUACUUGUGAUGAAGGGUAUAUACUGACUGGAUCCAGCAUGGCCGUGUGUCAAGCCGAUGGAACAUGGAGCACACCUGCACCAGAAUGCAAACCUGUGACUUGUGGCCUCGCACCAAUCCCUGAGUUCGGGCUGAUAAUGUAUGAAAAGACUGUCAGAGGGAAUACCACUGAUUACGGGACUAUCGGGACAUACGCAUGCCUGCCUCCACAUGUUAUUAUUGGCAACGCAAGAGCAGAGUGCACAGCUAGUGGCACCUGGACCGAGACACCAAAAUGUCAAGUGGUGACCUGCCCUCCACCGCAGAACAUUGAGAGAGGCUACAUGGCAAGCGAGGUGAAGAGAAGCUAUGACUACAAGGAAAGUGUAAAAUAUGGCUGCCUAAGUGACUACAUACUGGAAGGAAGUAUGGAGGUUUUUUGCAGAGAGGAUGGGCAUUGGUCUGAGAAGCCAUCCUGCAAUGCUGCUUGCACGGUUGACAUACAGAGAGGGAGGAUAUUAUAUAAAGGACAAAAAAAGUGGAUUGAAGACUUCAAGCCUAACAAAAUCUUACACAAAGAACUUGUCUCUGUGUACUGCAAGAGCAAGGCCAGAAACUGUGGGUUUGCUGUGUCAACUCAGUGCAUUGAUGGAAGCCUCAAAAUCCCUGACUGCUUUGAAGAGCCCAGCCAGAUGGAUUAUAAAUUUAAUUCAGCAUCGCUGCCAUCGGAAAUUGAACAAUGCUGAAACAGCAGCAUAUCACAGCCCUGAUGACUGAACCACUGCAAUAUGGAAUAAGUGUUCUGGUCACUAAAAUUAAAAAAUUUAUCAACUUAA